AUGUCUAGCGAAGCGUCGAGCGCAGUGGACUCGGGGCCCAUAUUCGUGUUCCUUUAUCGCGAAAUCCGUGCGUAUGAUACAAAGCUCCACUAUUUUGACAUCAGCGAGGCCAAUUCGUUCAACAGACGUCCUUUCGCAGUCUCUCGCAGUAUUCUUCAAGAUCAUUCAAGAUUGCUGCGGUUUGAGCAGAGUGAGGACGCCGCACCGCAAUGA